ACACUCAUCAGUGCUGUUUUUCAGUCACAGAGGACUGGAGUCGAGUUUGUGUUGAAUGUAGAAGUCAGAAGAAAGACAUGGAGGAUGUGAUUGUUCGUAUGGCAGAGCCCCAUCUGGUGUGAUGGAGAUGUGAUGUGCACUUAGCCAGGAGAGUGAUCAGGCCACCGUAGCCAUGACUGAGUGCUUCCUGCCCCCCAGCAGCAGCCCCUCCGAGCAGCGCCGGGCUGAGCAUCCAGGGGGCGUGGCGCGCACCCCCAGUUCCGAAGAAAUCAGCCCCACCAAGUUCCCGGGGCUGUAUCGCACCGGUGAACCGUCGCCACCUCAUGAUGGCCACCAUCAUCACGAGCCGCCUGACGCCUACGUCUCGGACGACGACAAAGAGCAUGGCAAGAAGAAGAACAAGUUCAAGAAGAAAGAGAAAAGGACCGAAGGUUACGCCGCCUUCCAGGAGGACAGUUCGGCAGAUGAAGCAGAGAGCCCGUCCAAGAUGAAGCGCUCCAAAGGAAUCCACGUAUUCAAGAAGCCGAGCUUCUCCAAGAAAAAGGAAAAGGACUUCAAGGUGAAGGAGAAAGAGAAGGAGAAGGAGAAGGAGAAAGAGAAAGAGAAGGAGAAAGAGAAGGAGAAGGAGAAGGAGAAAGAGAAGGAGAAAGAGAAGGAGAAAGAGAAAGAGAAGGAGAAAGAGAAGGAGAAGGAGAAGGGCCCCAAGGAGGACAAGGUCAAGGAUAAGAAAUCCAAGGACCUGACGGCUGCAGAUGUGGUGAAGCAGUGGAAAGAAAAGAAGAAGAAGAAGAAACCAACAACGGAGGCAGAGCCAGUCCCAGUGGAGAUCCCCACCUUCAGGCCAAUCUUUGGAGCUCCCCUGACAGAAGCUGUCAAGAGGACAGCUCUGUAUGACGGCAUCCAGCUGCCGGCCGUCUUCAGAGAGUGUGUGGACUACAUUGAAAACUAUGGCAUGAAGUGUGAGGGCAUCUACCGGGUCUCAGGUAUGAAGUCAAAGGUGGAUGAAUUAAAAGCAGCAUACGACCGUGAGGAGUGCCCCUGUCUGGAGGAGUAUGACCCCCACACGGUUGCCAGUCUACUGAAGCAGUACCUCCGUGAGCUGCCGGAGAACAUCUUGGGCCGAGACCUGGCCCAGCGCUUCGAGGACGCCUGCGGUCGGCAGGUGGAGGCUGAGAAGAUGGCGGAGUUCCAGAGGCUUCUGUCCGAGGUGUCACCAGAGUGCCGACUUCUUCUCUCCUGGCUCGUCACACACAUGGACCACGUCAUCGCCAGGGAGGCAGAAACCAAGAUGAACAUUCAGAACAUCUCCAUCGUCCUCAACCCAACCAUACAGAUUGGGAACCGUGUUCUUUACACGUUCUUCACACACGUGACGGAGCUGUUUGGAGACAUAGUGCUGAAGCAGGUGGUGCGACCGCUCCGCUGGUCCAACAUGGCAACGAUGCCGGCGCUGCCCGAGACGCAGGAGAACAUCAAGGAGGAGAUCCGACGACAGGAGUUCCUGUUGAACUGCCUACACCGGGACCUGCAGGCGGGGGUGAAGGACUUGUCCAAGGAGGAGCGACUCUGGGAAGUUCAGCGAAUCCUGACAGCUCUAAAACGCAAACUGAGGGAGGCCAAACGCCAGGAGUGUGAGAGUAAAAUAGCCCAGGAGAUAGCGAGUCUGUCAAAGGAAGAUGUUUCAAAAGAGGAAAUGACUGAGAAUGAAGAGGAAGUUAUUAACCUCCUCUUAGCACAGGAAAAUGAGAUCCUGACCGAGCAGGAGGAGCUGAUCUCUCUUGAGCAGGUGCUCCGUCGACAGAUAGCUACAGAGAAAGAAGAGAUCGAGAGACUGCGAGCAGAGAUUGCAGAUAUACAGAGUCGGCAGCAGGGUCGCAGUGAGACAGAGGAAUAUUCGUCAGACAGUGAAAGUGAGAGUGAAGACGAGGAAGAGCUGCAGAUGAUUUUGGAAGAUCUGCAGAAGCAAAAUGAGGAACUUGAGAACAAGAACACUCACCUGAACCAGGCCAUCCACGAGGAGCAGGAAGCCAUCUUGGAGCUCCGCGUCCAGCUUCGCCUCCUGCACAGCCAGAAAGUGCAGCAGGAGCCGACUGUUCCGCCGCCGGCCGAGCAGGUGCCCCCCCCUCAGCCGAGCCCGGAGGCUCACAGCGAGGAGCAGCCCAAACGCCCCGUCAACGCGGCGACUACUGGCACCGACGCAGCUGCCUCAGCCAAUGGGAAGGCGGCUAAGGAUCCGUCAAAGCCCUCGCCGAGCAAAGACCGGAGAGACACCAACAUGUGACGUGUCCGCGACGUCUCUGCCGCUGGUCAUUUGUCCCUCAGCAUCACUCGUCAUCCACUGGAGAUUUCACAUUGCUUGGAUCAGUGCGUUCAUGAGUGAUUGUGUCCACAGAGUGACAGCCAUGUAAAAUAUAUUUUAUAUGUCCAUUGUCUUUGGUUCCUCGACUCUCAGCACAAAUCCAUUGUUUCUCAUUUUCCCACAAAAUACAAAAGAAGAUGAAACGUGAGAGAUGAAGGGGGGGGGGGCCAUAUUUUCCAAUCCACAGUGCCAAGCCUGUAUGAGGGGAGGGGAGGGGGGUGGAAGAGAGUGUAGACCACAGACAGUUUAUUUUUACAGGUGAGGGCUCUGUAACUUGUUUUGUCCCUUACCUUGACAUUUCUCACGUUAGGACAGAGACCACUGUGCCAUACCUGAAGAUGCCAGACUGGACGAGUUCCCCCAGAGAACCACUAACACAAAAAGCUCUUUGAAUAAUGAAGAAUUUACGAUUGGUCUAUCUAUAUAUUAUAUAUUUAAAGUAGUAUUCUGAAGAAUACAAAUGACUAUUCCAAGAAAUGCAUUGAUUUUGAAUUAGUGCUUUUUAGUAAUAUAUGAUUAUACAUGUAUAAAUAUGUUGUAGAUGCUUUCUUUUCCUUUGAACAGCUGUGGUGUCGUGCGUCACAGCUGACCAGUGGAUGAAACGGCAAACAAAUACACAGUCGUGAGUGCAAACGUAGACAAACGGCUGGAGGCGAUACUUAGCAGUGCAAUCAUCUUCCAGAGGAAAAAUUUCUCCGGUGUUGCGACGCGAUAACAAACGUGUAGGCUCAUUUCCUUUUUGCUGUGUAUUUGUCUGUGUGUGGUUGUUUAACUCUUGUUGUGUGGAGUUAUUAUUUAUGACAUCAGUGGGCCGUGAGGGAACACAACACGACUCAAUCAUUUCAUUUCUCAGCCGAUCCAUGACUGUUGUGAAAGUACUGUCAAUAGCAUGGCCUGGCUUACUUUGCUGCAUCUGUAUAUUAUUGUAAAAUUGCAAAACAUACUGUAUUUUCAGCUCUUUAUGUUGUCAUGUUUUUUCUUUUUUUAAUUAAUGACCUGUAUGAAGUAUGUGAGUGUGACUGCAUCUGCUUUGGUCACGGGCAAAUCGAAGCAAACUCAUGGGGACUCAUGAUCCAGUGUGUUUAUUAAUCCUGUGACUGAAACAGAGAAAUGCUCGAUCGGGCCGAGAAGCUUCUCACAAGGUUAUUUUCAUAUUGUUCUGAGCUUUUUCAGCUUAUUGUUGCAGACAGAAUAAUGCUGUGAAGAAUAAAGUGUCAAUCCGAA